AUGUUUAAGAGGACUCUCAAAACACUUGUAUCCACUAGUGGUCUUGUGCUUCAAGCCACAACACUAUCGAGAGUAGGCGACCUUCGUGGCAACAGCGAUGAUCAAGUGUUGUCUUUGCAAGAAAAUGAGAUGAAUCGCGUAUGUGAUGGCUUGUGCGCCGCUUUUAUCGAAGAGUUGUGGAACUGCAAAGGUGGGGCGCUUCGAAGUUAUUUCGAGCAGCGUCUGUUGGCACGAGGAUUUCCAUCGUUAUGUGGUAGCUUUCCCUCUAUGUCUUCUUCCAUGCCGCUUAAGGAUUUGGAUGAAUCUCGGGCUGCGUUACUCCGUGAGUUGUGGGGGCUGGUCAGCCCGCAUUACUACCGGGCGCCAGGCGACUCCGCGAGGACGGCCCUCAGUGGGACUGAAGACGACCUGAUCGUUCCAUUUGACUGGACCACGACGCUGCGCGAGGUGGCUGCGGAACUCCCUUUUGAGGGUGUCACGGAGACGGACUUUGUGAGCCACCUGCAGCGACGGUCUCCCGCGUUGCCCGCGAGCAACCUCUCGGUGUGGUUGUGCAAGCAUUUUCAUGAUCUUCUACUAAUCACUCGCUCCGCGGUGAAUGGUGAACCGCUUUACUACAACCGAUGUCGUAACAGCCUGUUUAUACUAGAAGAUUGUGCGGACUUUUCUACGGGCAUCAAGAACGUGAGGAGCGACGCGAAGGAAGGUGCCAGCGACACUGCAUUCGCACUGAAAAACGCGCUGGAUUUACUAAAUCGAGGCAAGCAGCUACCUAUUUGGACCGACUUUGCAGAUGUUGCUGCUCUUCUGCCGGCGAAUGUGUGCCCUUUCCAGGACAACUGGUCCAACCUUUUAGACAAACCUGGUGUACGGGAUCUUUUUGAGGUAGAGCCGGAGUUUGUAGUGUGGUGGUCCACUGAGUCUUUGCAUCUUUCCCCUAUGUUGACAAUUGUGGAUACUUCCUCACUCAGCACGCAAGAGCAAGAGUCACUUUUACAAAGCAUCCUUCAUAUUCGCAUCGACGGCGUGGAUUCACUGGAGUAUGAAAAGACACUGUCUAGGGUGGCGUAUUGCGAGAUUAAAGCGGUGAAAAGCUGUCAUGACGAUCCUUCUCUUAUUGCUGCAAGCCAAAUUUACGCGGAAGAAGUGAUCAUGGAUGAUUUACUGGACCCAGCUCAUUUUAUUUGUGCACUCAUUAGCAUGGCCAAGGAGGAGUCUCCGGGUUGCAUCAUUCAUGUGAUGUGUGGUGACACUCGUCUGCCAGCCAUUGAGUCAUUGUUGAAGGGUAUACCGUGUAGCACUGGUGUAACGGUGUACCUCCACACACCUUUGCAGCAUUACUGCAUGAUUCUAAAUAAUACUGUCGAGUUUGACACACGAUUCCAUGAGGUAGGGAAGGAUGAGGGGAAGUAA